AUGGACGAUCUAAUAAAGAUUCCGACAGAUGGUUCUUCUCGUAAAGCGACGUCGCAUAUCGAGGAAUAUUUUUCGGUUUUGGACGAAACAUAUCAAUUGACCAACGAAAUCAACAAGAAGGCAUCGGAUGCCUUUUUCUCAUUGACAAGAGCUAAUAUUUCCAGCCACGGGGUAAGAACCAAGAAAUUUGGCCGCGACUUCUACGAUUAUCGUGAUAGAAAAGCAACUUUAACGGUCCUGUGUGAGAAAGAUGGGUGGAAGUUGGUUGAUGGCUUGGAGUUUGAUGAAGCAGCCGUCACCGAAGAAUUAAAGAAAAAUGUCUCUUCAAUUAAAAAGCUGGUGUUAGCGGAUGAUAAUAAAUCAAGAUUGAAAAAUAGAUCAAAAGAAGAAAAAGAGAAGGGGAAAAAGGAUCUCAAGGACGAAAUAUCCAGGCAAGUCGAUGCUAUGAAAUUAGAAUUGAAGAAACAGAAUCCAAUAAGAAUGUUCAAUGGUGGGUUGGUGCCCAAAGAUUUGAACACAACUCAAGAGAGUUUUGCACAACUUAUACAUCUAUUAUUAAAACUUUCAGCCGCAAAAACUAGGCUAAAGGAAAUCCAAUUGUCAAUGAAAUAUUGA